AUGGAAGUUAUAGAAAUUAUAACAGCAAUCUUCGUAGGUCUUCUGGGAAUUCUGAUCUACCUUGUGAUAAAAUAUCCGGAUAGAUGUAUUGGUACUAGACCAAGGACAGACCUUGAUGGUCCUAAAGGCUAUCCACUUAUUGGGAAUUUAUUAGAAAUUCACGAUAAAGGUCUCGUAAAGUUCAUGAUCGAAACUUUAAUAAAAUAUGGUCCAAAUGCAACGUUUUCGUUACCAGGCUUGGGUAGGGUUAUCACAAUUAAUAAUCCCGAAUGCAUCGAACAAAUUUUGAAAACGAAUUUCGAAAACUAUAAUAAAUCGCCAAUCGUUCAUAGUAUUGUUUAUGAUGUUUUGGGAGAUGGAAUUUUCAAUGCUAAUGGACAUUCAUGGAAAAUGCAAAGAAAAUUAUCGAGUCAUUUAUUUAACGGCAGAAAGUUUCGUGAGAUUAUUUGCGUCGUGUUUAAAGAAGAAACCGAGAUCGUAUUAAAAACCUUGGAUAAAUUUGCAAGAACUCGUGAAACGUUUGAUUUGCAAGAUUUAUUUUUUAGAUUUACAAUGGAUUCUUUCGGAAAAAUUACACUUGGACUGGACUUUAAUUGCCUAAAUAAUUCAAAAGAUCCGGUAAAAUUUGCGACUUCCUUCGAUUUUGCCCAAAGAGUAAUGAACAAUCGAAUCGAAAAUCCUUUUUGGAAAUUUACAGAAUUAUUUACAGAGGAAGGUCGUAAAAUGCGUGAAGUGUGCGAUUAUUUAUCAACUUUUGCUUAUGAUAUAAUUAAGAAACAUAGGAAUAAUCCGGAAGCAUCAAAAGACCACGGAGAUAUCCUUAAUAUAUUUAUGAAUGCUCAACAUGAUAACGGAGAAAAAUUGACCGAUAAGGAAUUAAGAGAUAUUAUAUUAAAUUUUAUCAUUGCUGGACGUGACACAACUGCACAAGCGCUCUCGUGGAUGAUGUAUAAUCUCAUGGCCGAUCAUUCUAUUGAAGAAAAAUUGGUUAAAGAAGUUAGCUCUUUGCUCACUCCAGAAAAUCCAAUUUCGAAUUACGACAAUAUAAAACUUUUUCAAUAUACGCAGGCGGUAUUUUAUGAAACGCUUCGAUUACAUCCUGUAGUACCGAAAAACGUUAAGGUAUGUCUUAAAGAUGAUGUACUUCCUAAUGGCAUACCAAUUUAUGCCGGCGAUAUCGUUAGUUGGUCAUCCUGGGCAAUGGGAAGAGAUGAAAGAACAUGGGGAAAUGAUGCAAGGCAAUUUAAUCCAGAAAGAUUUUUAAAUUCUGAAGAUGGAUUGAAGCCAAGUCAAUAUAAAUUCAAUAGUUUUAAUGCUGGACCAAGAUUGUGUCUUGGACAAAGUUUUGCCACAGUUGAAGCCAUAAUGUUAGCGACGGCCGUAUUAAGACAAUUUAAAUUUGAAAUGGUACCGGGACAAAAAUGUCCUCCUGAUUACGCUCGUUCUGUAACUUUACCAAUGAAAGAUCCUUUACUAGUUAAAGUUAAGGUUGCAACCGAAAUUAUUAAUCAAACCUACAGAAACCGUAAAACUGCCGAAAAUCACUUGUGA